UUAUACUGAAAAAAAUAAAGAUUUUUAGACGGGCAUUUUUUAACUGGGCGCUGAGCCGUCGGGUUUCUGUGCUGGUCGGCCUUGGCUGGAAAGGAAUUGGCAGGCGGAGCAGAGUCGAGCUGUGUGCAAGCGGGAGUGUGGAAGUGCAGCCUCUCUCUCUCUCUCUCUCUCUCUCUCUCUCUCUCUCUCUCUCUCUCUCUCUCUGUGUCUCUCUCUUUCUGUCCGUGACUCGCUCGCUCUCUCUGGCCUUCCCUCAGUGUGCGUCCGGUGUUGUGCCUGAAGAUGUGGAGGGUUCCGUUCACACUCUGCCCGAAAAGGAAAUAGCCCCCCUCUCCUCUCUCUCUCUCUCUCUCUCCCUCCCUCCCUCCCUCCCUCCCUCCCUCCUCUCCUCGCUCCAUCCCACGUUUAGGGAAGCAACGUAUGGAGAGGGCGAAGGGGAAGGGUGGGGAUGCGGGAGCGGGAGGAUGAGAGUGUGGGGAUUUGGAUUUGGUCGGUCAGGAUUGGAUUGGAUGCGACGACAGAGGAAGCAGAAGGAGAGUCACUGGGUCGGGAUAGGGUGAAGCAUGCAGAGGGUCAGUUUGCCGGCGUGAAGGAGGUUGUGGAGGGGGGAAGAGAGGUGGAGGAUGAGGAUGAGGAGAGGAGGGUCCUAGAGGAAAUGGGAGGAGGAUGGAGGUUGUGGAGAGGAAGACGUUUGAGGAGAGGAGGGUCCCAAAGGAAAUGGGAGGAGGAUGGAGGUCAAGGAUCCGAAGGGGAUGGGCAGGACGGGUUGGGAGGGGCGGCGGCGAUCAGGACAUGAGAUCGAGAGGAGGAGGUGGUCGGGAUGCCAGCCAAUCAGGGUGAGGAUGAGGGAAGCAAUGAAGUUUCAGGGGAAAG